AUGGCAAAACGUUACUCCUGCUAUAUUAAAACAUUACUUCUAUUUUUGAAAUCUAUGCCUAAAAGAAUGCAGGCAGUUAUUUAUUCCAGAGGUUUAUUAUGGAAUCCGGUGCACCUGCACAGAACCGUUUCAGGCUUAAUUUCGGUACUAUUAUCGAUUAAAAGAUGUCCUUGUAUACGUUAUCAAAAUAGUUCUGACAUGGCAAAGAGACUUGCAGAAAAGAUACGCGAAGUGUUGAAUAAAGAAUCGAAUUCAUUCAAAUUUAGACAAGACUCUAGUCCACUUUUAUUGAUACUUGACAGAAGAGAUGACCCUGUUACACCUUUACUAAAUCAAUGGACUUACCAAGCAAUGGUUCACGAGUUACUAACUAUUAAUAACAAUCGGGUUAAUUUAUCCCACGUGAAAGGUAUCUCGAAAGAAUUGAAGGAAGUUGUUCUCAGCGCAGAACAUGAUGAAUUUUAUGCAAAUAAUUUAUACCAUAACUUCGGCGAAAUUGGACAAACUAUGAAAGAAUUGAUGGAUGAAUUUCAAAAGAAAGCUAAGAAACACCAAAAAGUGGAAUCUAUAGCUGACAUGAAAAAUUUUGUGGAAACUUAUCCGUUGUUUAAAAAGCUGUCUGGUACUGUAUCGAAACAUGUGACAGUAGUUGGAGAACUUUCUUCGUUUGUGGAAAAACAUCAGUUACUACAAGUAUCAGAGUUGGAACAGGAACUUAGCUGUCAAAAUGAACAUUCCAUGCAGCUGCAAAAGAUAAAAGGACUUAUUAAUAAUCAUCAAAUACGGGAAAUUGAUGCUUUAAGAUUGGUCAUGCUUUAUGCGCUUCACUAUGAGAAGUAUACAAACAAUGACAUUAACGGCUUAUUGAAUUUAUUAAAAACCAGAGGUGUUCCGGAAAGACAUAUUAGGCUUGUAUAUAACAUACUAGAAUAUAGUGGAAUCAAUGCAAGGCAAAGUAAUUUAUUUGAUCGAGAAUCGGUAGCCAAGAUUACUAAAAAGUUAUUUAAAGGUUUAAGCGGAGUAGAUAAUAUUUAUACCCAACACACGCCUUUACUCAACGAGACACUUGAAGAUUUAAUAAAAGGAAAGUUAAGUUUACAAGCAUUCCCAUAUCUUGGAAAUGCAAUGAUGUCAAAAAGGCCGCAAGAUAUCAUUGUCUUUAUGGUUGGAGGAACAACAUACGAAGAAAGUUUGACAGUUUAUAAUUUAAAUAAACAAAAUCCUGGGAUAAAAAUUAUUUUAGGUGGCACUACUAUUCAUAAUUCUUCAAGUUUUUUGGAGGAAAUUCAACAAGCUACAUCAGGUAUUCUAUCAAAAUACAAAAUUAACAACAAUUGA